AUGGAAGCUAUUCAAGAUAAAGCAAGUGGAUUACAUACAGCUUGGAUGUUAUCCAUCCUUGGAUCAAAACAAAAAGUUCAAAAGAAAGAUUUAGUCAAUACUUCCAUUCCUGAAUUAUGUGACGAAUUAACCAGAAUAUCAAAUGAACAAAACUUCAGAUAUUCUUCAAGAAUUCUUCAUGGGAUAUCCAUAAUCUAUAAAUCAAAAGUCAAUUAUUUCUUAAAUGAUUCGAUUUAUAUUCUGACUAGAUUAUUGAGUAUGAAUAAAUUGGCUAAUUUCACUACCAUGGAGGUGAAUAUACAUACUGGACAAAUCAUUCCUCAGAAGAGAACAUUGGAUAAUGAUCCAGGGUUUAAUAUCGAACACGAUUUAGUCCCGCCACUACCAGAUGGUGAUGAAGAUGUAUUGGAAGAACGGGUAACUAGGAGACGAUUGGAGAUCCAAAGAAAUGAUUUGGAACUCUUUCCAGAUAUUUCGGUUGACGGUAACAAUUCAGCUUUCAAUAAUGAAACUUCGACUUUUGCACUCUAUGUUUCUAGACAAAGCACGGAUGAAGAUGAAGGGAUACAUGGAUAUUUCGAACGGUCUUUGGAUAUAACUAUGAAUCUGGCUGAUUUUGAGUUCAAUCUGGAAGGUGAAAUUAUCGAUAAUGGUGUUGAAGAAGCUCAAGAAAUUCAGGAUAUUGAAUUAGAUCUAGAUCUUUCAGAUCCUAAUCAUCAUGAUGAUAAUGUGAAUAGGGAUAAUGCAGAAACCAUUAUGCAAGAUUUUGUCUUGGAAGAAGUGGCAGAAGAUCCCCAGCAAGGUGACCAACAUGGAAAUGGGGAAUCUAUUUCCAAUGACCCUAAUUUCCAAAUAUCUACCUCCAACGGUAAUCAAACCACCUCGGUUGAACAAGUUGUCUUGAAUCGAACAGCCGCAACAAGACAGAAACAGAUCCCUAAACAAGCACUUAGGAUUGAUGAGGAUAUUAAAUUAAGUAAUUCACAAAUGAUCAUUAUGCAAAAUGAAUAUGAAACCAGAAUGACAACCUACUGGAAAAAGAAGAAGGUAAACUCGAUUGAUUCUCGUGAAGAAGCCUUAUUUCAGCAAAUCAUUAAUGAAAGAAAUCUAAAUUCAACAGCUUAUUCCACCUUUAUAAACAGACUUAUUCUUCCUGAAGAAAUUGCUAGAACAGCCCAGCCUCCUCUUAGAAGAAGUGAACUUUUGGCCAAUGAAUCUAUGAGCACUAUGGCUCUUGAGCUCGGAGUAGCAAACAGAACUAGCUUUCUAGUGGAAGCUGAUUCCGAACAAGGAAGAGAAGUAGUUAGGAAUCAAGAAGAGAUAGCUGUACAUCAUAAUGAAGACUUUGAAGUUGGAUCAGACUUUGAAGAACAGGGGGACCUUCCUCCUCUCACUAACGAAAUUUUUAAUUUAAGUUUUGAGGUAGGGAAAUCAAGAAGUAGUACAAUGACACAGACUACAAAUAGUGAUCCUAUUUUUAACGUAUCUGAUUUACAGGUUGAUCAUGAUUUAAAUCCACAACUUUCAAGGUUUUACAAAUAUUCGAAAAUGAAAUCACUUGAAAUUGGAGAAAAGUUUGAGUCUUCAACAUAUGGUUUAAAUAAACUUGGUGAUACUGAUUUACCACCAACUUCAACUGCUGAAUAUUCUAAGAUAUCUUUUGCUGAUUUAGUGCCGGGAAAAGACAAGAGUAUCACCAUUGGAGAGACACCGGUCAAGAGGAAACAUGCUGCUAGUUCCUUUUUCAGUCUCUUGGCUUUGUCUUGCAAAAAUCUAGUUCAUAUUGAGGCUGAACCAGUUGACGAAUAUAAGGUAGGGUCGGCUUCUUCGAUUAAUGUCAUUUUCCCUAGUGAUGAAAUUGAAGAUAUUCUUGAAACCAAUUUGGAGGGAAAUUUGUAG